GCCUCUGCCUUCUCUUUUUCCUCCAUCCCGCCCGACCCCCCGGCAGCUUUGGCGGCCGGUCGGGCGGGCCCUACUUCCCUCGGCGGCGCUUCCGGCGGGCCCCGUUCGUCCAGCAGGCCUCCCCGCCCGGGUCUCAGUCCAGCUUCCGCAUCCAUAGAGUGUCACGGUUGAAAACAUUGUCUGAACGAUUCUAAUAUUUCAGGCAAGUUUCGAAAAGACGCCAGAUAGCUUUGGGUCUGCAGAAAACUGGAAGACAUUAAACAUGUCCAAAAUAACCACAGAGCUACUGUUAGAAAGGGCGGUGCCCAAAUCCACAAGGCUGCGGAAGAUCAAGAUCCUGAACCUCUCCAAGUUGCAGAUCACAACCGAGGACUUGGAACCUCAGUUAUUCUCUCACCUCCGCCACCUCCAAGAACUUGACCUCUCGGACAAUCUUCUCGAGCGGCUCCCUGACAGUCUCUGCUUGCCGAAUCUCCGCAUCCUGAACUGCGACAACAACCACUUGGAGGACGUGACUGCCCUGCAGCAGUUCCCGCAGCUGGAAGAGCUGACCUACGUGAACAAUGUGUACCUGACCCCCAGCGAUGACUACAAGGUUAUGUUUCUUCUGCGUAAUCUCCGGCAACUGAAUGGCAAGGAUGUCACCAAGCUGGCCAAUCACGUGAGGGUCGUCAAUAGCCGAGAGCUGAGCAGUAGGGUCACUGCCCACUGGGGGAAAAACUUCCGGAACCAGCUCCCCAAAACGCUGUCUCCCGAGCAACUGAAAUCGAUCAGGAAAAAGUUCAUCAGGUCUGCUCAAGCCCACGUUGCCUACGGUCCCAGCUCGCUCAGCGACUUCACCAGGUGGCGGGUGAAAAUGAUUGCAGAGGAAUUCCUGACCUCACUGAUAAAUCAGGAAGAGAACCCUGCUCCUGAAGUAGAAGAAAUGGAGGAGGAAGAAGAAGAAGAAGAAGAAGAAGAAGAAGAAGAAGAAGAAGAAGAAGAAGAAGAAGAAGAAGAAGAAGAAGAAGUGGUGAAGGAAGAAGAAAUUGCAGAAGAUACCACAGAGACUGAAAAUAAGGUUAUUACUCAGGGCACAGUCACCCCCAGCAAGAGGAAAGGGGCCUGGCCUAAAGGAGGAGCAGCUGCCAGCAAGAGGUCCCGCUCCCAGAGCAGCCCCAAGGGGGGCGAAGCUGCCCCCAGCCCCCAGAAGGCCAGCCGCUUGCAGGACGAGCGCAGGCCCGAGGGGCCGAGAGCACCCCGCCUGCAGGCCAAGGAGUCCCAGCCUGCCCGGGAUUCAGAAGGCGCCCAGCGGAACGGAGGGCGGCUCCCGAAAGCACAGAGUCACAAAAGGUCCAGCCAGCGGAAAGAGGAGCACGAGGAGGAGGAGGAUGCCAGAGAUGUUGGUAGCACCCCGGUUAAGGACUUGGAAGGCGAGGAGACCAUCAGCCUGGAUCCGGUCCAUUUUCUACAGUGUCACAGUAAAGGAAACAACAGCGAUGAUUUCAAGACCCAGCUGUGGGCCUGUGUCUUUGAGCCGCCGCAGGAGUGUGGGACGAGGAAAGAUCCCGUGGUGAGCUCCUCUAGGACAGCGGCCACCUGUGGCGGGGACUCCAUCUGCCUGGUUGACUGUGAGACAGGCAUCGUCUUGAAAAAGCACAAAGUCCCCGGAGAGGAGUUCUACACAGUCACGUGGACAACCCUGACGAUGGUGACCAGUGACGGGCGGAAGAAGAGGCACAACAUUCUGGCCGCUGCUGGGAGGCGAGGAAUCGUGAAGCUGAUUCACGUGACGGCCGAUUAUUGCUAUGGAGAAAUCAAGGCGCACAGAAAGCCUAUUGCCACAGCCUGCUUUAGCCCAACCUAUGAGACGCAUCUUUUCACUGCAUCUUAUGACAAGAAAAUAUGCAUGUGGGAUAUUGGUGUCCCAGACAGCAACUAUAAUUUCAAAGAAAGGCAGCUGCUGGUGCUGGAGACGAUUGCGACGCCCUUAAGAAUUGCCCUGGUGCCCUCUUGCCCUGACCGCUACUUGGUGGCUGGCUGUGAGCAGGGUUGUUUUGCCUGGGACAUUCGGCUGGAUGAAAAGCAGCCGAAAACCAGAUCCUAUGAAGUGGAGUUUCAGUUCCCAGUUAAUGAUGGGAAAGAGACAUCAUCUGCCCAUCGGGUGGACGGCCUUGCCUUUUUGAAUGAAGACAUUGUGGUUACUAAGAGCUCUAAGACAGCCUCCAUCAACCUCUGGAGCUGGAGCCGCUCUUUCAUACAGGGAAAGGGGUCUCAGAGGACAGUGCAGGCUGUCAUUCUGGCCGAACUGGAGUGGUCCUCCACAGAUCUCCCUUACCUCACCCUCAGCACGUGCCCAACAGAAGAGUAUGUGUUCUGUGGUGACGAGAAAGGAAGCGUGUGGAUGUACGACCUUAGCAACCACUUGUCGGCUCUGAGCGUUACCAAGGAAGAUAGUUCAACCACGAGAAUAGGACCUUCACAGAUUCUCAAGUGGCCAGAACUGAAGGCAAAUGGGGAGCUUCUGACAGAUGUCUUGGUGAACAACGUGGUCUCAGACCCCACUUUCACUUACCUGGUUGCCCUGACAGAUGUCAACAUUGCCGCAAUAUGGAAGAAGACCUAACUGGGCUGGCUCAGCCCUGAAAUGGGAGCUCCUAUUUUUCGUCCUGUUUCAGUAGUGCAGUAAUUGUGACCAUUCCAAAAAUAAUCAGAUGGGGGGGAAUUUUAAGUUCACGUGUAUCAAUGCAAGGGAGAGGGGGGAAAUCCACCAAAGCGGUUGGUUGGAUCCCUGUCUCGUUAUGGCCAAUGCCUGCUUCUAACUGUGACUGCUUCAUUGGUGUAUUAAGUGUAUUUGUUUUAUAGAAAGACAGUAUUUAAUAAAACUUGAUACCAGA